GUUCCGCAGCCCGUCCUUCAGUCAGUGAGCAGCUGGAGUCGGUGACAGAUCCGUCCCUCAGCUCGCGCAGGUGAAAGUUCAGGUGAGAGACGCCCCCCCCCACCCCGGGACCACCUGCGAGCCAUGGAAGACGACGCGACCCACGCGGAGGCCAGCAGCAGCGGCUCGGGCAGCAUGCACACCAUCCCGCAGCAGCAGCCCGACAACACGGAGCUCCUCCUGCCGAGCCGCUCCUCCGCCCCCUCCUCCCCGACCGGCACCGGCACCCUGUCCCGGUUCGGCCUGAAGAGCCCCACGGCGGCGGGACCGAGCAGCCCCGGCCAGGUGAGCGCCAUCACCGUGGUGGCGCUGCUGGACAAGCUGGUGAACAUGAUGGAGUCGGUGCAGGACAACCAGCGGCGCAUGGAGACGCGCCAGGGCGACCUGGAGCAGGCCGUGCGCGUGCUGCAGGGCGACGUGACCCGGCUGACCAAGAACCACCUGGGCACCUCCGCCUGCGUCACCAAGCUGCUGGAGAGGUCCCGCAAAGUGAACGGGCACGUGAAGGAGGUGAAGGAGCGCCUGGACAGACAGGCGGUCCAGGUGAAGAAGCUGGAGGCGAACCACAACCACCUGCUGAAGAGGAACAACUUCAAGGUGCUCAUCUUCCAGGAAGACAACGAGAUACCUACUCAUGUGGUCGUCAAAGACUCCAUCAAGACUCCACACCCAACCCCACUACCAAGCCAGUAUGAUGCAGAGUCCACCCAUCCUACUCCAUCUGUUACGGGCUCCGUUGAAGCCAUCCACACCCAAGAUGAGGCUCUCCAGACCAUCAGCCUGUCCUCGGAUGAUGAUUUCGAUUUUUCACAAGCGCAUCGAGUGGACGAGGAGACGCUGGAGUGUGAGGCUGUCGGUGUCACUCCUGUCAAGUUUGAGAGAAGAGCCGACCAGUUCAAGCGCAACAGUCUGAAGAAAGUCGAUACCCUGAAGAAGGCCUUCACACGUCAUAACAUUGAAAAGAAGAUGAACCAGAUCUCCUCCAAGAUCGUGCCGCCAGAGAAGCGCGAGAAAAUAAAGAAGAGCUUCACCCCGAAUCACCCUAAAAGCCCAACUUCCAGAUCUUCCUCUUUCAAGGUGUCUCCCAUGACCUUUAACGUCAAGAAGGUCAGAGAUGGGGAGACUCCUACACCGCAAGCAUCCCAGUCAGUGGAAGAAAUCCGUGUGGAUAUACCUACUUUGACGGGCCUAGAUGGAGAGAUUCCUUCAGCGGAGGUGCACAGCCCAGAGGGUGUUGUGGAGGUGGUCCAGGAGACGCUGAACUCCUCCAGCCCAGAGAGCGUGAAGGCAGAGGUGUCGCUCAAUGGAAAAACGUCCACCGUUGAGUGCGAGAUGAAUGGUGAUGGCGUGGCUAGCUUGGCCGUUCCAGAGCAUGACGAAGAUGUCGUCAAGGAGAAACAAGAGGAAGAAAAGGUGGAAGAGAAACAGGAGAGUCCAGCAGAGAAAACGGCAGAGGCCCAGAUUCCCACAGAAUCAAUCGCCGUGGAGCAAGUGUCUUAAUGUUAUUCAGUUUUACUCGUUAGUUCUACCUUUUAAUUUCAUUCAUACUAAAAUUUCUAAAUUUACAGAAGAGACACAAAUGAUCAUUUUUGGUUGAAGUCUAACACCCUUUUAAUAUUAAAAUAUAGUUUAUCUCUAAAAUGGAAAUGCAUAGCCCAGUACAAGUCCAUCUCAAAACAGCAUUACAGAAAAACACCAGAACUUUUUCUUCGACUGGUGCCACCACAGAAACAGGUGCACAUCUCCAAGGUGCUUCACCAACCAUCCUCCUGCUGUGUUUGUUUGCCUCUGGUCCUUUAUAAAAAAAAAAAAAAACAGC